UCAGGCAGCCGCACAAGUUUCCCUAAUCUUUAAACAUAAAAAUAGUAGUGUUCAGGGUGUUGAACGCAUUCCCAUUUCAACAUCGUGGUGACAAAUAUCAUUUAAAACCCGAAAACAAAUCUAUGUUCAGUGCAUUAAGCAUUAAACUAAGUCCGAACAAUCAGUCAUCCGACGCAUAUUUCAUGCGGUUAGGUUAUAAUGAGUGAAAGGAAGCUUUUUUCUUAAUUUAGAAUAUUAAAUUUGUUUAGUUGUAAGCUGAAAGUGAAUAGUUACGUCGCUCUAAAAACUGAUAUGCCGUACUGAUACCCUGCGGCACAUUCAAUUAACACCAUCACCCGCAAUAAAUGUGUAUUAAAGCAACGUUUAGCUUCUGCAAACUAAGUCACAACAAUCCUUCCAAAUAUUCGAGCCUGAUUGGUAAAGACAGAUCGUGCAUUAAUCUCCAUCUCCUUACACGCUCCAUCUACCAUCAACGGUACAAAAAUGAACGUUCUGGAGCAAUUUAAAGCGACACCGCUGACGCUUAGCAAACUACCGGCAUCGUUCGUCGAGGCGAAUCUUUCCGAAACUGGACAAGUUCCCUCGGACCACUUGCAGAGCACCACGAGGCAACCGUUUGGUUCGAGCAAUGUUUACAAAACAAGCAUUCUGCAUUACCGCGUCCUGGCCGAGGGUGAUGACGUGAAGACCGUGUACGAGACCGCAAUCAAGCUUCCAACGAACAUGGAAGAGGAAUAUUCUCCCGGUGAUGCAAUCGGAAUUCUCACGUACAAUUUGGCGAGUGAGGUGGAUUAUGUGCUGGACCGGUUGCAUCUUCUUGAAUCGGCAGACCAGACGUACGAAGUGAAGCUGAUAAAACCGAUAAAGAAGAAAAACCUGGAGUUACCACAUUACGUUCCAAAGUACGUCACCCCUCGGAGGCUCCUCUCAGAGUGUUUGGAUAUUAGGAUUACACCACGGAAAGGGUUGCUUCAGGCCAUGGCCACCCACACAGCAGAUGAGUGUGAAAAGCGUUUACUGGAGAUUUUAGCCUCGAAGGAAGGAUCGAACCUCUACAAUGAGUUGAUUCUGAAGAACGAGAUGAACUUCUUGCACGUGCUCAAGUACGUGGCUACGAGUAGGCCACCGUUGGCGUUGCUGAUUGAACAUCUGCCGCGGCUUCAGGCUCGACCAUAUUCUAUCGCUAGUUACGGACGGGAGAAUCACAUUCGUAUCGGCUUUGCUAUGCUGAACGAUGGUCAUGUUGGGAUCACGACGCACAUGCUCGAAAGCAAACUGCUGCAUCCGAACAAAUGGGACAAAUAUCUGUACAUAUACCUUCGCCAGUUGAAACCUGUCUUUAACUAUCGCGAGGACGAUCUCGAACGGAACAUUAUAAUGAUCGGACCGGGUACUGGUGUUACCCCGUAUAUUGGAUUCCUCGAGUAUCGUAAGCAGAUGAAGAGCUCUAAUCGAAAGAUUAAAAUGGGAUCUGCUUGGUUGCUAACGAGUUGCCGCUACCAGGAUCGGAACUAUCUCUACGAAAGCGAACUGAAGGGCCUCAUGCUAGCUGGUGUGUUAGAUCGGUUGCACGUAGCUUCGUCUCGUGAUGACGAUAGCCAGUACAAGUAUGUGCAGGAUAUCAUCGAGGAUAGAAAGGAAGAAUUAGUAGAGCUGCUACUCGAUGACAACACCAAGCUGUACCUAUGUGGGGAAGGCCGCACUAUGCUUCCUCGAAUUCAGGACACGAUAGUGACGUGUAUGAGUAAAGUGAAAUCUAUGCCCAAAGCAGAAGCAGCUGACCUGCUGGCGGAGUAUAAGAAGACGGGGAAGUAUCUGUACUAUUCGAUGAUACGAUACUGAGCGGAUGGAUCUCUGUUUGUGUGGUGAUGUGUGUAGAAAUGGCUGUAUAAUACGAAAAGCCCAUAUUUAUAACUGACAACCUCUGAGUAGUGUAUAAUAAACGAUUUC